AUGAACCUGAAAUGGUUCAUUUUCUUCUCGACCUUUCUGAUGGCAACGUGCUCGAAACUCCUCGAAGUCUCUGACGAUAAAUGUAUGUUAUCGCUAUUCUCCUAAUCUUUUCUGAUUUUCAGUUUUUAUGUACGUUAGAGAAGAGAAUCAAACGUGCGACUGGAAACAUUGGUGCAAAUGGAACUUCUUCUGCGCCAGCAAGGUUUCAAAUUCUCUCAUAUUGCCACGUUUUGAGAUUAGGUCUAGGGGAUAUCAUUAGAUGAAUUUUCCAGGAGUCAGGUAAUCCAAGACACUUUGAGCUUUCUAAAUUUUCAUUAUAAAGUGAGAAAACCUUUUCGAUUUCCUGUGAUUAAGAAAACUUCAAAUUCUUGAUUUCAACUUUAUAAUUUUCAGGAAGCUGAGGGUGGCAGACCCGCUGGCACAUGUGUCCCUAGUAAGCUUUUGAUUAUUAUUGUUCUCGAUUAUUUUUCAUUUUUUGCAGAUGGAUUGAAGUAUGGGAGGGAAUUUGGGGCUUAUUGUGAUUGCGCCCAUCCUUGUAAAGUGGGACUAUCGUGCAAACUCACCGAGGUGAGAUUUUCUUUCUCAUUUUCUUUUUACAUAAAGACUACUGAACCAAGAAGUUUAUCGAUCUUAUUGUUCGAAAUUCCAGGAACGUGGAAAGCGGUGCUUGCCCACCAAAACUCCACCCGAUCUCUAUUGCAUUCCCGAGGACUCGGUGAAGCCGAAAAGUGUAAGUUCAUUGAAUUUUUUUGGCUUGAUAGUUCUGAUGGGGUCCAGAAUUCAUUCUCACGUAGAAAAUAGAAGAAUUUUUCUUUUUUGCUCUCAUGUUGGGAAAAAAGUUAUGAAUUUGUGUUGCUCCUGGAAUACCUGUAAAAAAAUGAAUUAAUUUUAGAAGGGCCGCAGGAAGCAGGUUCAGCCGUGAUCAAAGGUCCGACAAGGAAAGCUUCGCUUUUUUUCUAUGUUAGGUUUCCACACAGGCCAAGUCCAAAAGACUUCAAAAAGGCCUUAAAAAGAAGAGUCUGAAGCUCCUUUUUAAGUUCCUGAAAGGUGUCAAAAGUUUUUCGGAAUCUCCUUUUUCCCACCUUUUUUUUGACUUAUUUUUUACACAUCUUCAAAAGGCCCUUUACAAAAAAAAAAGGUCUAGAAAAAUUUUUUUUUUGAUAGUCCUUUUCGAGACUUUUUGGACUUUGCCCGUGCCAGAAAGUGUGUUCUAGCUUUUUUUUCUCUAGAGCGUUCCAUUGCAAAUUCGCAAAUCUUCUUUUUUUUGCCUAUAUUUCGCAGUUUUAUGUGUGUUCUUUGCCGUGUUCGUACUUUGCUUUUAAUUUGAAUAAAUUUUUUUAUAAAAAGUUUUGAUCAGAAAAAAAGUUACACAGAAAAAGCUAUGGAAGAGAAUAAUUUCCCCCAAAGAUCGAUUGGAUCACUUUGAGCCGACCUUUUUUUCUGUCCUCGCGACAACUUCAAGCACAUGUAACCUUUGCUUUUUUGGUGCGGAUUUCGAAAAUGAGUUUUUCUUGGAAACUCACGUGAAAUUCGAGGUUCAUUCAGUACUGUCCAUAAAGAUAUUCCUAUUUGGUUGUUUGGCUGUAACUUCGGUCGAAACGAUCUGAAUAUACUAAAAUUUUAUUAUGCUGUUCAUAAGAACGUUUUCAACAGAUUUUAAUAACAUUAUAAAAUGUUCAGAAAUAAAUUUCUUAGCUUCCACAGCUCUGAAUUUUCAAAUUUUUCAAUAAGGUUUUUUUUUGAAAUCACAUGGUUUUUGAAAGACUUUCUUGUUUUAGUUGAAUAUUGAAGCUUCCACAAAUGUUUUGAUUUUGAAUAUGGUCCAUUUCAACUACAAUAGAUUGCGCAAUCUUUGUUCAAAAAUGACAUAAGAAGGAUCAGAUAUAGCGAUGUUUAGAGUUUCUCAUGGCUCAACUCGAGUUUUUUCGAGUUUCAAACUUGUUUGAAAACAAAAAAGACGCCAAACAGGAGAAUAAAUAAAAGUUUCGAAUACUUACAAGAAUUUCGAUUGUAUCUCCAUCUUCAUGUUUGACUGACUGUAUGCUUUUACUUCAGAGAGAAACAGCGAUAAUCUAACAAAAUUAGUUCGUAAACUACAGUGGUUCCAUUUUUUGACUCUUGAGCUUGUAAUGUCUUCCGAAAAAGGUUUACAAAAAUAUGAUAUUCUGAAAAUGUGGGGAAUCUUCAUUGUUUAAAGUUAAAACCGGUCAGAGUUCAACAAGAUUUCUGGAGCUGCUCCUUUUUUUCCUCCAAAAAUCUUUCCCUUCUCCUGAUCGUGUGACUUGAUUGUACACUAACAAGUGUUGCCUUUUUUUUUGGAUUGCGGGAUCUCGUGCCACUGUACAGUGGCCGUCUCGCUGGUUUUCGCAGCGCCGCCUCUCGGUCAGGCUCACUCGUCCACCUCGAAGCUGAGCUCACCGGCAUGAACCUGAAAAUACUGCUGGUCAGCUUGCUGUUCGUCGCCGUUGAUCUUUCUAUGAGUAAGUUCUUUUUUUUCUCUUUACUUAUCAGUUUUCAGUCAACCCGUACCCUUUCCGGGGCGGAAGGUCCGAGGGCGGCCCGUGCAACAGCAGCUUGCAAUGCAACUUCCGGUUAUUUUGUCAUGGAAAGGUAACUUUUUUUUUCUUGCGCAAUCAAAUCUUUUUGUUUUCCUGACUUGGACGUUUCACUGAAUAUUUAUAGUUUUUUUGAACAGAUUUGAGUGAGUUGGGAAAGAUCGAUUGAUGUGAGGCACCUGGACAAUUAUCUUUAGAAUUGUUUGAAACUAUUCGAGAAAAAAAAUAAUGAAUAAGGUUGAACCAGAGUUCAUUGAAAGAAGUUUUUUUUUAGCUAUGAAGGUGCAAAAUUCACAAAAUACCUAGAUAAUAUAACAAAAGGAUGUCUCUCUGGAGUUAUUUGUCUCAUUUCAAGUUUGAUUAAAAGUUAGAACAAACACCGAAAGCAAUAAUAAUGUCAAAAGGUUGAAAAGAAAUGUAUUUUAUCAAUUCAAGAAAAAAAAUUGCAACGAAACUUGCUGAAGAAAUAAACUGAUUUUUUUUUUGAGAAUGAGAACGACGACGGCUACACGCACAUCUGCGUGGGUUCUUGGUACUUCUACCGCAGUAAGUUGUUGGAUUUUUUACCAUUUCUUGCUUUUUUCUUUCAGAGUGGUGGGACCGUUCGCCAUUGCAGCAUUACCAGGCCCGCUGCUCUUCGGAGCUUCACUGCGACGCGAGCCAACGUCUCUCUUGCCAAAAAACCCCUGUCAGUUACCUUUUUGAAACUUUUUUUGAAUUUUUAAGAGUUUUUUUGAAAGAUAAUUUUUUUGUGAAAUUUAAACCUGAGGCCUUCCUGGUAAUAGUUCAAAUUUUAAAGAAAGAGACUUGUGAAGCUGUUUGAUGUAGCUUCCAUGUAGUUUAGAGAUGAACAUUUCAUGAGAAGUAGAAAACCUUUAAAAAAAAAUAAGCAGUAAAAACUAAUCUGAAAUGAUUUUGCAAUGACCUUAUAUCUUGCAGAAGAGGGGAAUGCGUUGCCUGGAGAGACCGCAAGAACCGGUGACCUUCCCGUGA